CCAUCACCCACAUCACCCACAUUGGAGCCACCGAUGGAGUCGGAGCAGUCUGAGCCGCUGCUGGACGUCGAUCUCUUGAGCGUCAGCCCGAAGAUCAUCCGCUUUCGUGGGCUGCUCAGCGCUCAGGAAUGUGCACUGAUCCGUUUCCUCAUGUUGGAGGCCCUGAUCUACUUUGGCGACACUUCGCCCUGGGUCGCCCUGCGCCCCGGCGCCGACGUCCUCCAAAACGCCUCGGAGGAGAUGCACCAGCGCUUCGGAGAUCUGGGCGCGAGGCCUUUGCUGAGAUCACAGGAUUCAGGGCAUCUGUCCUUCUAUUUCAUCGAGCCUCCGGACUUCAUGGUGCGGAUGAUCCAGCGAGUGGCCAAGAUGUCGGGUGUCCAUCCCAACAACGUGGAACCCAUCUACCACAUCUAUGUGCCAGGAUCGGUUCCGGCCAACCUGCAUUUGGACAACUUCAACAAGUAUUUGUUUCCGCAUCGCCAUCUUUCUGUGUCACUGUUCUUGGAUGACUACGAAGAUGGAGGCACUGUCUUCCCGCUCCUCCUCGACAGUUUCGGAGGCACUGGAGGCAGCAGCCUGCUGGCCCUGGAGCACGAGGAGAUCGAGUCCUGGCAACGAGUGUUGAAUGAGGAGCGCAUGCUGCAAGUGGCCAACGAUGCCCACGCAUAUGAGCCUCGGAUGCAGUUUCUUUUUUCUCCACGGCCUAAGGAGUGAUGGAAGAUGCCAUGUGACAACCACAUAUCCAUGGAAGUCAACGCAAGCAAACAGCUAGCAAACAGCAAAGCACAACUGAGCAGUCCGACGUUGACAUGGAGGGUUGGAUUUUCUCCAGAUAUGUGGUCGUACGACUGCAGUCGUUGCGAAUCCGAGCACCGAGCAUGACUCAGACCCUGUUGUUUUUUAAACAAGCUGGCUGGGUUUCAGGCAGACGGGCGGGUGGUAAGUGUUUAGGUAGAAGCUCUUCAUUAUAGAAGCGGAAAGAAGAAGCGGGACGAUACCCUAACCUACCUUGUGCAUUUCAAGCGCAUGCGCACCGCUGUUGCACAGCUUCCUCUCCUUUUUGGAAUCAUUAGUUUCACCACUGUGCGCACUUAGAAACCUCGAAGGGUUUUAGUGCCUGGAUCUGCAGGCACACCGUCGUGUGGACAAGAAUGAGG